CAACUCAGUUUUUGACAGCAUCGAGCACUACAGCAUAUAACAAUGCACGUCCAAAUUCAAAGCAUCAAAUCAUACGAAACCAACAAAUAAUAGCUGCACUCCAAAACCUUUAAUUUCGGUCAAAUCUCAAAGUUUAUCAUCCAAAAAAAAAAAAAAGGUGAAAUUACAGCAUCCACAUGAACUCAGAUGGAAAAUCAAACUUUGUAAUUCCCGCUGUAGAAAAACAUUGCAAUUCACUACAUAUAUAUUUGCUGCUCACAUAUAUGUGCAUAAGACGAUGGGUAUAGAAGUAGCAGCUAGGAAGCCUCAAGUCGUAGUCGUCCCAUUCCCGGGACAGGGCCACAUCAAUCCCGCCCUAGCAUUCGCCAACUGCUUAGCCACCAAAGGCUUGGCCGUCACCGUCGUCGUCGCCACCAGCGUCGCCAAAUCCGCCAGCUUCUCCGAUUGCGCCUCACUCACCAUACGCACCGUCUCCGACGGCUCGGAGCACGUGGACGGAAUCGAGACCAUGGAGGCUUUCUUCAAUCGCUUCCGAUGCGACUUCGCUCGGAAUCUGGCGGAUUUCAUCGACGAGCACAUGAGCUGCGCUAGGGCUAUAAUCUACGACUCUAUUAUGCCGUGGAUGCUGGAUAUUGCCAAGGAGCGGGGCUUGCUCGGGGCGUCUUUCUUCACUCAGACUUGCGGCGUCUCCGCCGUCUUCCAUCAUUUGGGGCGAGGGCUGCUGCUGCGGUAUCCCUAUGAGGAUGGCGUCACGGUGGCGCUGCCGGCGCUGCCACCGCUUGAGAAGAGGGAUCUGCCUUCGUUUUUUCAUUUGGUAGAUCCUGACCAGCUUUGUGUGAAGCUUCUUACUGAUCAGUUCUCCAAUAUUGAGAGAGCGGAUUGGAUCUUUUUCAACACGUUUGAUAAGUUGGAAACUGAGAUAAUCGAGUGGAUGAAGAGGCGAUGGCCGGCGAUGGCGACGGUGGGGCCGACAUUCCUACUAGACCAUCAACACAAGAACCACAGCAUCAGCCUGUUCGAGGCGAAGCAGGACGCCUGCAGAGAAUGGCUGGAUUCCAUGGAGACCGCCUCCGUUGUGUACGUCUCGUUCGGCAGCAUCGCAUCUCUAGACAAAGAGCAGAUGGAGGAGCUCGCCCAAGCCCUAAUAAUGAGCGGCUUCCACUUCCUGUGGGUGGUCAGAUCCUCGGAGCUGGACAAGCUGCCUCCAGAUUUCACUUCAACGACGGAGAAGGGCCUGAUCGUGGAGUGGUGCCACCAGCCUGAGGUGCUGGCGCACCGGGCGGUGGCGUGCUUCGUGACGCACUGCGGGUGGAACUCGACGCUGGAGGCGGUGGCGAACGGGGUGCCCCUGGUGGCCAUGGCGCAGUGGGUGGACCAGAAGACGAAUGCCAAGUUUGUGGUGGAUGUGUGGGGAGUGGGGGCGGGAGUGGAGAGCGGUGGGAGGGAGGAGAUUGCGUUGUGUAUCAAGCGAGUUGCGAGUGGGGAUGAGUUUAGGAGGAAUGCUUCCAAGUGGAAGGAGUUGGCGAGUGAGGCAGUGGGGAGUGGUGGAACUUCCGUAAACAAUAUUAACGAUUUUGUUUCCAAACUCGUGUUUGCUGAUGCUGGAGAUAUUAGCCCCACCUCUGUUCUUGCUUGAAUUCCAGACUUGGUGCUGCUCGAUCUUCAGUUCGACCACACAAUUUUCUUACCAAUUUAAUUAGUUUGGUGUUAUAUACGUAUAUAUGAUACUUACUCUGUGUCUCAUUGUAUUUGAGACUCUUUCUAUUUUGGGCGUCCUACUAAACUUUGGGUUAAUUGCCCAUAAAAUACUGAACUUUCAUCCAAUUCUGAUUUUGUACACAAACUUUGAACUGUGACGUCAUAAUUACUAAACUUUUGGUUUUA